AAAAAAUAUAUAUAUUUAAAGAUUUAUAAACUCUAUUUUACCAUUCUGUAACCCUUAUAAAAAUUCGAAAUGAUUUUGAGUAGAGCUUUAAAUCAUUUGAAAAUGUUGUGGUGUUUUUUCUCCCCUACACAAAUUCCGAACAAAGUCCGCCUUCUAAGACGUGAUUGGCUAGUUAUGAAGACGCCAGGUGUGUGCUAUUGAUGGAUUCCCCGCUCGUGAAGCACGACUAGCCAAUCCAAUCGGAGAAGGAAGGACAUGUCGGAAAGUGGAUGGGAGAAGAAAAAAUGAGAGACCGCUAGUAGCUUUAGCCUUGGACGAUUCAUCUGGAUGGCUCAUGCAUCAGGAAAAUCAAUCAGAUCCUAAAUCAGACGGUUAUACCUCGACAUCAAACGGACACAGCUGGAAUAACGCCAUGCAGGAUUCAUCUCCGUAUUGCGGGUAUCCGCCCAACUACUGGUACCCUCCUCCGGCCGGGCCGUACACGAAUGCCUACCCGUCUGGGACCGAGAUCAACGGACAAGCGGCGUACAAUCCACAGGCAAUGCCAGCCUAUCCGAACGGAGUGUAUAACCCGGGUCAGUACCCACCGAACGUGCUUCACCCGUCCAAUCCGUUCUACUGCAGCGAUCAGAUCCCUCCCAGACAGCCGCAGUACCACAGUCAGGAGCGGACCACGGCCAGCUCUCCUCAGCCACCGUACCCUGUUCCACACUGCCAAGGGGCUCCUGGAUUCCCGCCCAGCUCGUACUCGCCCUACGGAGACGGCUGCCCCCCUAAUGCCCCCUACCCCGCACAGCAGCCUGUACCCUCACGCUCUCAGCCUGAACCCUGGCCUCAUUCAGCGGGAUACGGACCCCAAGCGCACUAUCCCAACCACACACGCCCGCCGCACCCUCCGCCCUGGCACGGGCCCGCUCCACCUCCGUACGAUCACAUUAAGCACAAGGAACCCCCGUAUCCAGGUCAUUUGAGCAACCGAAACCGACCCGGCACGCCCAACUCCAACCCCGCCCCCAACCCGGCUCCAAACAAACAGGUGGAGUUCAGCGCCCCGCCUCAGAUCUACAACAAGACGUCCUCCGGAGGCGCGAACCAACCCAAUCCGGACCCCGCUCCAGCCGCGCCGCAGCCUCCGAGCAGCGAGAACUCUGGUCUGGCUCGGGUGCAGGAAGUCCUGGCCAGGGUCCACCUGCUGCAGGAAGACGUGGACGAGUUCGUGGGCAAAAAGACGGACAAGAGCUACCGCUGUCUGGAGGAGCUACUCACCAAAGAGCUGCUGGUCCUGGACUCGGUGGAGACCAACGGCCAGGACGCCGUGCGCUCGGCCCGCAAAGAGGCCGUGCAGAAGAUCCAGGCCAUCCUGGACCGUCUGGAGAACAAGGCGUUCUAACAAGGCGCUGCUGAUCUCACUCAUAUCUCUAUAUGUAUAUAUAUAUGUGUGUGUGUGUGUGUGUGUGUGUGUGUGUGUGUGUGUGUGUUUUGACGAUUGAGCGCACGUGAUCAUGGAAACGCAGCUUCUCUGCAAAUUUGUGUUAAUUAUUGCUCACACAGAGAAGAUCCAGACCUCAUGAUUAUAUUUUGCAGACACACACACACACACACACACACACACACCUUGCACUUGAAUCAAACGCUUAGCCUCCACAGAAAGAAACUUAACACCAUUUUACACCAAAAUAAAUUCGCCCUAAACUUGUUGGGUUUUCUCGCUCAGUGUGUCGGCCAUUUUGAAUAUUUCAAACCAUUCGAAAGCCCCGCCCCUUUCUCCGAUGUUCCUUUCUUCAUUUCCCAGUGUUUAUAGUAUCGUAUCACCUACGUAUUAAUAACGUACCGCAACUACUUAGGAUAAAAAUGCGAAAUUGAUAAGUUGAUAGAUUUUUAACGUCGGCUCAGCGCUACACACGCGAGGGUUUAGGGGAAGUCGACGUAGGCUCGGCGUAUAAGCAAUACUCGCUCGCCUUUUCACGAGGGUUUACACAACUUUCACUUUGUGUGUGUGUGUGUGUGUGUGUGUGUGUGUGUGUGUGUGUGUGUGCGCGCGCGUGUGUGAAGUCUAAUCUAAAGCCAGUAUCCUGUCUAAUCUAAUCUAAAGGUCUCGCAUGUUUACAAAUGAGGCUUUUUUUUAAAUAAAUAAACAAAAUGUUAUAUAAAUUUGUAUUUAAAUUAUCUAAAAAAAAAUUGGGGGUUAUAGACAGGGAAGACCAAUCAUCCUUCCUUUAAAAAAGAAAAGAAAAGGAAACGAAUGCCGCUGUGUUUAAUACUUUGCACCAAAGUCACUUUCAGGCGUGUUGCCGAUGUUGUUAUAUUGUCACCUCACGAUACUCUCCUGAAGGUUUAUCGCUACAGGUUUACAAUGUUGUCAACAUGUUGUGUUUAAAAUAUUGCGUCUUUGCGUGUAUCGUUUAAAGAAAAAGAACCUCGACAGGCAUCGCCCAGCGAGCGCCGACGGGUCCACGGACGGCCGUUUCGGUGCCGCUGUCAUCUUCGGAGCAAUCAAAAUGGACUCUUUCUUCCGUCCUGCUUUCGGUCUGAAUGUCACGUCGGACAUCUCGUGAUACGACCGCAGCAGCAGAAAUCCGACAAGGACGCCUUUUCCACGUGCGCAACGGAUAUCUCUGUAAACGUAUUCCUGACAGGCCGUGUCCGCCAUUUUGUUUUUUCUCUCAGAUUUUCAUGUUCUUGUCUAGUGAACAGAAUUAUAGGAUUGCCUCCUCUGAAAAGGAAACACGCCAAGCUUCUUCAAAAAAAGUCCGUCACUGACUGAGACAGACUUCGACACAGCACCGACGUGAUCUCAGUAUUUUGUACCAGCUCUACGGGCAUGAACUUUCAGCACGGACCCUUCAGCAGCAGGUCUUCCUCCGGUCGUACGGAUGCUUUAUAAAGGACAAACUGUGCCAUAUCAUCGGCUGGUGCUUUUCAUAUCCGUUUAAAAAAAAACCACAGAAACAAUAAGUUAAAGGUGUUGAGCUCUGCAUGUCACCGAGUCUGAUUUUUGUUGUACGAGUUCUCUUUCCCUCUGUAACUCCCUCUGUAAAAUCUCCUUCUAUAAACCAGAAGCUGUACAUUACGCCAACUUUACACUAAAAGAGUAUAUUUCUA